AUGAGAUUGAACAUACUCACAAGGCUGUUUAUAUGGGCAUUGCUAUGCGAAAUAUUUGUAAACUGUCAGAAUUUUUAUGACUCUGAUCCACAUAUUAUAGAGGCCACUGAAAGGAAUUUUGAUAAGAUAGUUUAUUCUACAAACCAAACAUCUUUAGUUGAAUUUUAUGCACCAUGGUGUGGUUAUUGUAAACAAUUAAAACCAGUUAUGCACCGUGUUGGUAAAAAAUUAGAUGGUAUUGCUCAAGUUGUUACAGUUAAUUGUGAUCUUGACCAAAACAAGGGCCUUUGUUCAAAACACGGUGUUGAGGGAUUCCCAACUCUAAUGGUUUUCAGACCCCCAAAAGUUUACAGAAAAGGACAGAAACAUGCCAAUGAAAAAUAUCAAGGUGAAAGAACAAUGAAACCUAUUGUUGAAUUUGUUAAAUCUAGAGUUAAGAACUCCGUAAAGAAAUUGCGUGCUAUAAGUACUAUUCAAAGUAUGUUGAGUAAACACCAUGAAACAAUUUUAAAUAAUUAUACUGUAAUAUUAUUUUCCAAAGUCGAUAUCAUACCACCUAUCUUUAAAAGUAUUGGUAUUGAUUGGCUGAGUCAAGUGGAUUUUUUUAUGAUGCAUAAUAAGAAUAUAGGUCCAAUCGAUGAGACAGAUAAAAUCCAAAGUAAAUUCGCCUCUUUAUAUCCCAAAAUGUCUAAGUCUUUGAAUGAUAUAUUACAAAAACAGAUUGAUAACAAGGAUUCCAACAGAUUAAUAUUAUUGGAUAAAGUCAAUGACGAAGUACAUAUUUAUGAUGGGAAAAAAAUUACAAAGCUUGCUGUUACAAAAUUCAUUAAUGAAAUUACGAAUCUAGUUCCUCAAGAAGGUCCACUAAGUAAACGUCAAGCUUAUAUAGAUGCAGUGAAGACAGGAAAGAAAACUAAGAAGGCAAAGAAGAAUCACAGAAAACAUGCGAAGGAAAAUAUAAAGGAUGAACUGUAG